UCUGCAAGACACGCGGGACGCUUGCGCUAUGGGGGCAGAAGGGGCUUGAAAGUAACGGGAAGGGAGAGAAGCGCCUGGCUACGGCUCAGGCAUGAUCCGAAUCUACCUCUUAGAGGGAAAGGCAUUUGUGUGGAACUACGCAGACGCACGGCAAAUCAGAGAGGAACAUCGCAUUGUUGGCGUGCUGGUGGGGGCAUUGCCUCGGAAGCCACGGCAGAACGUGAGGCUUGGGCUGCCCUUGGAAUUGCUUCCCGAAGAGGCUCGGCUGUUAUUGGAAAAGGGGUUGGCAACCCUGGUUAGGAGCCCGACGUCUCAAUCCCUUGGUGAUGGGAAGAACCAGGACACCUUAUGCCCAGAGAAAGCGAUUGCCUAUGAGAAAGAGCUAGAGGAGAACUACCAGGAGCAGCUGAGGCUCUCUGCAGAACAGAAGAAAACCAUACUGGAGUCUCUUGCAGACCAUAUAACCCAGGGCCGAGCAAAGAAAUGGCAACGGAAAGGAGAAGGAGGAGAUCCCCUUGUACAGCCUGCAGAGUCUGGUUCCUGUUUUGUGUUUCCCAGAGAAUCAAUGAUGAUCCAGCUCCCCACUGAACGGACUCAGAUAACUCAAGAAGAAAAAAUAGACUGGCACGUAGCAUCUCAGCUCUGGCCUUAUGCUGGUCAAGAGCUUCACGAGAUGCGCUACCGCAUUUUCCAGGACCUGUGGGAACGAGGUUAUUAUGUCACAACUGGGAGCAAAUUUGGAGGUGACUUCCUCGUUUAUCCAGGUGAUCCCAUGAGGUUCCAUGCCCAUUACAUUGCGCUCUGUUUUUCCAAAGAUGUACCCAUCUCUCUGUGUGACAUCAUCAGUGCUGGACGCCUUGGCACCAGCGUCAAGAAGACUGUCUUGCUCUGUUCAGUGGACCAGGAGGGGACUAUAGCAUAUACAUCCCUACAGUGGAGCGGGAUGUAGUGAGAGAGAAAAGGCUUGGAUCUUAAGAUUGCCAUUUCCAACAGUGGUAAGGUCUGGCAUUAUUAAGAUAUGCUUUGACAACUGUUGUCACCUAUUCUUUGUCUUCCAGAGCAAAGUGCCCUCCUAAUACCUUGGAUCACAAUUGCUGCAAUUUCUUGACCCAUGUCACUUGGUGCUGAAGCCCGCAAGAGCUGUAUAUCUGUACAUCUGUAUUCAGGGGCAGUUGUUCCAAGUUGAUGGCUGACCCCAUCUUUCAUGACUCCUGCUGGUUGGGAAUGAGGAGAACUACUGCUCAACACAUUCCCAGGGCAGUAGCUAGAAAGGCUGAUCUUAGGUUAGAUAGCACUGCUGCCAGCAACAUAAAAGACAUUUGGUCUUUUUCAAGUGUAUCUUUGUAUUUCAGACAGAGAAAGAGAAAAGGAUUGUCCUGCAAGAAGCUCAAGCUUGGAAUCUAAUGACUAAGCGCAGGAUGGAAAAUAACACAAAAGCCAGCAUUUACCUUCUA